UGCACGGCAGCAAUCUGACGGAUAAAAACUACGUCGUUGAGUCGAAAGAGCCAAAAGGCAAAGCUAAAUGCUGAUUUUCCCAGCAUUCCUCUCUCCAAAGUGAGUGAUCUGAGUGAUUUGAUUGUAAAGAAGAUGAAUCUAUCCAGAGUUCUAAAGAAGUGUCUCCUCAUAGACUCAGAAAACGGUGCGCCGUUAGCUACCAUGUUCGCGCGGGUUGCUCUGUUCGCUGCAACAUUGCUUCUGCGGAAAACAAGGUUAUAUUCAAAAUAUGAUGGGGAUGGAAUAAAAACGGCGAUGUUGUUCCAUACCUGCGCCUUCAUGUUAUGUAAUUCCAAGAGGUGGAGUCGACUGAGAUUCAUCCGUUGGAGUUGCGGCGUUAAGGUAAAUUUAACAGCCAACAUUAUAUGCUUGAUUCUUGGUAUACUUUUUGAGAAAUUUUACGAGAUGUCACUGGGUAGCCUCUGUUUUGGCUUGAGCAUGGCAAUCAUGUUUCUAAUUUUACUGGUGAUUAUACGACCGAGGACCGACCUUGGGUUCUCUGGUUUCCUAAUUGGAGCCAUUGGAUCGGUUGCGUACAACCUCUUCCAACUCAAGUUUGGAACUUGGAUUGUGGUUGCUAUAUGCUUUGUGCUACUGGGUUUCAAGUGUUGGUUAGAUAACAACUGGCUGGAGUUGGAAGUUGAUCAGUGGCUACCCACCACAGGUAUGGAGAGGAGCAACAGAGGCCUCAGCAAAUCAUUCCCAAAGUCAUUAAUUCAAAGAAUUGACGCAGUAUCAGUAGCGGGUUUCUACCUUGUUUGGGCGUACAAUUUAUUUAGCACUAAUUGUCUAGCCCAUACUCGGAUGAAAAAGCUUGCCUGCGGGACCAUUUACGGUUUGUGGGUUUCUACAGCUCAAAAUAGUCUAUAUUUUUUGCUAUGGGCUGGAAUUCGGGCAUUUUGGCUGGGAAACAGAGAGGUAAGUACUGCUAUAAUUUCAAAAUUGCUGUAUUAUGUACUAGUUGCAAAUUACAGAAAUAGAAUUGUGGAAAAUCAAUAAGUACAUAAAAGUAAUUUUAGGGAUUGUUUCUCUGGGGGGAAGAGGGCUCUGUUUACGAGUCUGGACCUGUCGCACUGGGUACAGCUUAUUAUUUACAAAUUAGGCAUAAAAGAUUAUGAGGUGA